AUGGCUUCGCGGCGGGCCGUGAGUGACAAGGACGUCGGUUCCAUCUGGGAUCGCGCCGUGCCAGACAUCAUCGGCCCGGGGCCCGUAUCAUCCUACGCCUUCGGCAACCUGGGCUGGCUCAGCCUGCAGGCCUUGCCACUCAUAGUCUGGCCGAGCUUCAUCACCUCCCUCCUCCGCGAUGAAUACCAACCAACAAGCGCUCUCGAAACCUACUAUGCCCGCUCCCUCGGCUUCUCCCUCCUGGCCCUGGGCCUGACCGUCCUCCUCCUCUCCGGCGCCCUGCCCCUCGCCGCGACCGACGCCUCCCACCCCGAGGGUACGGCCUCCCCAUACGCCGACGCCGCCGUCUCCGUCUCGGCCUUGCACCAUGCCACGAGCGCCUUCUACUGCUACAGCCGCUGGCUGCAUACCGGCCAGACGGCGAGCGUCAUGGGCUGCCUCGGUAGCGGGGUGUUCGCCGUUUUCGGACUCUGGUUCGUCAUGUUCGCAGGUAGCAAGGGGCGUCACAGCAAGAGGACGGGAUUCGACAAGGACACGAGCGGCUUCCCGUUCAAGAACAGCGAGGCGUACCGGAAGAAGAAGAAGGGCCUCUGA